CUUGAGCUUCAGUCUGAAGUUCAAACUGUGUUGAAAUAUUGUGCACAUUUAUUUAGUGUCAAAAAUGCAGGGAAAUGCUGGAAAGUUGUAAUGUGGCCAUCAGGCUUAGAUGUCAAUACUCUGAAGAUCUGAUGUUUGUUUACCGUCAUCACUUGAAGAGUUUCGCAAUAUCACCCGUGAGAAAAAACUCAAGGUAGCAGGUGAUGUAGAUGUUUGCCUUGUCUAGCUGGGUGCUUUGUCAAUAGUUUUUCAAGUGAGUUAAGUUCUAUAUUUUAUUUUAAGUACUUUUUUUCAUGGAAAUAGCUUUUUGCGUAUACCUAAAUGGAAAUCUUGUAUGUAUUGCUAGGUCUUUGUGAUUUCAAAAACAGCCAAUGCUGCCACACAUAAAAGUGCUUGAAUCUCUCCUGAAGGACACGAUAAAGUAAUGUUGUCUCAAGACACACCUCUCUAAGGCAACUAAACUGUUCAACUAGAUCCGGGAGAUGUUGGGCUGCAAAGAUUCAGUGGAGCUUGAAAGAAAAGGAUUUACAGCAGGUCAUGGUGUCCGGGCCCAACCUGAAUGAGACCAGCAUCGUAUCAGGUGGUUAUGGAGGUACAGCAGAGGGCAUCAUUCCAACCAGCUCCAUCAAAGGCCCUGCCAUUCGUCUUAACACAAACUUUGUGGGCAACAGGCGCAUUCCAAACGAAGGACAAGGGUCCAACAUGCAUCAUACCAACAGCAGCUCCUCCAUCACAGCAGAUGAGGCUUCAAGAGGUGUUGCUGUGGAGAAGUUUGAUAUCGUGAAGAAGUGGGGAAUAAACACUUACAAGUGCACCAAACAGAUGAUCUCCGAGAGGUUCGGCCGUGGCUCACGUACGGUGGAUCUGGAGCUGGAGGCUCAGAUUGAGGUUCUGCGGGAAACCAAACGGAAGUAUGAGAAUGUGCUGCAUUUAGCGCGAGCGCUAACCAACCACUUUUACAGCAUGGUGCAGACGCAGCACGCCCUUGGUGACACUUUUGCAGACCUCAGUCAGAAGUCUCCAGAACUUCGGGACGAGUUUGGCUACAAUGCAGAAACACAGAAGCUGUUGUGCAAGAAUGGAGAGACACUGCUGGGUGCCAUCAACUAUUUUGUGUCCAGCAUCAACACACUGGUGAACAAGACAAUGGAAGACACACUAAUGACCGUCAAGAUGUAUGAAAAUGCCAGGCUGGAGUUUGAUGCAUACAGGGCAGAUCUAGAGGAGCUGAACAUGGGCCCUCGGGAUGCUGUUACCAUGGCUCGUAUCGAGGCUGCUCAGCAGCAGUAUCAGAUCCACAAGGACAAAUACGAACGUCUCCGUAGUGAUGUCACGAUCAAGAUCAAGUUUCUGGAAGAAAAUAAGGUCAAAGUAAUGCACAAACAACUUUUGCUAUUCCAUAACGCCAUCUCUGCCUAUUUUGCUGGAAACCAACAGCAGCUGGAACAGACCCUCAAGCAGUUCAACAUUAAACUCAAACCGCCAGGAGCAGACAAGCCUUCCUGGCUCGAGGAACAGUAAAAUUGGCCAUUUACCUCUGCUUUCCUAUUAUAUGUCUUUGCCGCACGAUGCAACAUGGUGGAGCAUCGAGACAAGCGAUCUGGGAUGCUAGAAAAGGUUGAGGCUACAGCGAAGCCUUCUUCUCACUAACUUUCUCUAGCCCUCUCUAACCCACACGUCUCCUCUUUGAUUCUAUUUUUCCUCCUGUUAUUACUCUGAACUGUUUUGAAGUCUCUGAAUGGUCACCUCUGGUUUGUAACCAGUCCCAAAGCUCCAAUCAAAUAACUAUAUAUCAGAGAUAUCAGUAACGUCUCUAAAAUAUCAUUAAACAAACUGAAACAAUCUUUCAUGUCAUACAGAACAGCUGUUUUUUCCAGACUAUUCUCAAUCUUAUACUGUACACAGUGACCACAGUAAGAGGAACUUUUCCCUUUUAAUUUUAUCUUUUUCUGUAUUGUAGAUUUGGUCUUGUAAAUGAUAUGGGUGAGGAUAAUCUAGAGCAUUCUUAUCACAGAGCUCUCAGUGUUCAGUGUUUUUGGUAAUACGUGAUUUUAUUUAGAUGAAAUUCAAUUGAAGGUUUGUCUGAUAUUGAAGAUACUGGUAUUGCACUUGUGUGUUUACUAGGCUAUAAAUAUAGAUGCUUAUCCAGCUCUCUCUCCCAUCUCUAUCUAAAUACGUUGGAUAAAUGAAAUAUUACAUUUAAAAUCUUAAAAUCAGUCUAUCCUUGUUUUCCCAACAUUUUUAACAUUAGAUCACCAAACAUGGGUGCAUAUUUUGUAAUGCACGUUUUUACAAAUCCUUGCACAUUGUCCAGAAAUUAAUCUACAAAUCACUGUCUCAAGUCAAAUUUGCAUUUCAGACUUGAAUCGAUAAAACACUACUUGUUUUCUCUAAAUGAGAAGUCUACUUUUGUUUUAUUUGGAUGGUUAUUGAUUGUUGUAUUAUGUACUAAUGCAUAAUGCUGUGGAAUGUUUUGUAUAACCAAAUUAAUAAUCAGAAAUUAAGUGUAUUUAUAAGUUCUAUUUUUGAUAGUUUUGUUUAACAAAGGCCAGUGAUUGAAGUCCGCCAUUAUAUGCCUCUUUAUCUACCAAAAUGUGCACUAUAGGUUAUGUACUGAUUUGUUUCCUAAAAGCAUUGGCAUUGUCCUCAUUUCCUCCCAUUUUUCCAUACAAAAGCCACAUAUGCAAAUUGUUUAUAUUGUAGCCUGUGCUACAUGUGUCUUUCUGCCUUUUUUUAAAAAAAAAACAUGUUUCCCCCAAUGAAGGCUUUACACAACCAUUAAUGUAUGUCACUAUAGCAUUUUUCUCUUUUUAUGGCAUAAAGAACUGUCAUUUUGAAAUUGUCUCAGAGAAUGUACGAAAAAUCAAAGGGUAAAUAUUUAAAAGGAUAAACGUUUAAAAGAAUAUUUAAUAACUUUUUUUAGGUUGUAUACAUUUUAUUUAAAAUGUAUGUAUUUCAUGUAGUCUUACUGGGUUGUAUUUACAUAACAUUUCUCACACAAAAUUUUCAACAAUUCUGUUUAUUGCAGUAACUUUUCUCCGAGCUAAUACUUUAACAGUGGACUCCAAAUAUAUAUUUGGAUGUUUGUUGCUUUUGCGAAACAGAAAAAUGUUGAAGUGACUCCAAGGUUAAAGUGGAGACUGCAAGAUAAAAUCAUGUCCAAGUAACAAACUAGUUUUUGAAAACUUAAGACUGAAAUAAUACCUACGAUAUAAUUGUCUGUACUUUUGAACAUUGCACUAAAUCUUUCUAUGCUUGAAAUGAAGCAAUACCGAAGAUGUUUCUAGAAAUAGUAUUUUCUUGUAUGUCUGAAUAGGAUGUUGCAUUGCGUGUUUUUGCAUGGCAGGUGUGACAUUAGCUGUACUUUUACGUGCAUUGUGAUUCAGUCCUAUUCAAUGCUUUAUUAAAAUACAGCAGGGGUAAUAGUACAAGAAACAUUUCUAGAAAAAAGGAAAGUUUGCUUGAAAUCGCUAGCUUUAAUUUGAAUGUCACCAACUGAAGAGCAAAUAAUGUACUGGCAUGCCCGGUAAAAGCCUCUUCUUAUUUGCGCUCAGUCUUAUUCCCUAAGGACCAGUCGCCAGAAGUGGAAUUUAAGAAAACAAUGGGACUUCUUUUCAAACGUUUUUAUACAGUACCAAGUAUUUGGUUUUAACAUAAAGACUCUUGUGACAGGCAGCGGAAAUGAGAUCUACACACUGAACCGUUUUAUGAAGUGAUGGAUGUUUGUUUCAAAUAGGAUUUACAAUGAACCUAGAUUUUCUCCCUUAAAUGCAUUUUUCUUUUAAAUCAAACAAAUGUGUCUGCUUUUGUUUUUGGAGAUUAUUGUCUUCGCUUUUAUUUGUUUUUGUAAGUGUUAAAGAAGUGUUUGGUACAAAUGAUUACUCAAGUAGACCUAGUUUUAGAACAUUGUAGAAUCGAAGGGUUAUAAAUAUUACCGUAUUUAUGUACAAUCAAUAUUUUAGGUUGCUCUGUGGUAUUGUAGUGUAUGAAUGACUGUACAUAUGUAAAGACAGAUUUCAAAACUGGAAACCCAUGAUGUUGGCCUUCAUUUCUGGCUUUGACCAAACCUCCUGGAAUUACACAACAUACAAG